GGAGUGGAAGGGGUCAGUGCAGACAGUCCGCGGCAGUUUCCCCUCCCGGCUGCCCCUCCUUUAUGGGCCUGUCGCGAGUUCUGAGCGACCCUAAGAACUCCGGGCUCUCGGCACAGCAGCGGCCACUGUGGCUCCCGGGCCGCUCCUCACGUCGCUCCACCCCCUCGCUUCAUCCCCGGUUCGCUCAGAUCUCGGCGAGCCGAGCGGAGCGGGAGAGCGCGGCGGAGUGUAGCGGAACGGCCCUGAGCGAGUGAAGUUGAGUCCGGUCUAGCAGAACUCAGUGGGCCGAGCCACACCGACUAGCACGGAGCAGGGAUCAAGUGGCGGCGGCGGCCACCAUGAAGCGGGACCGGCUCGGCCGCUUCCUGUCUCCUGGGGUAGCUCGGCAGCGAGGGAGUUCGGGCGGCAGCUGUGGAAGUGGUCGGACUCGGGGUCGCCCUUCUCGCGCCGGGGGUGCGAGCGCUGAUGGGGCGGCUGCGCAACUCAGCUGGGGCUCGACGCGCUCCUGCGGGGACACAGGCGAGGACGGUACAGACGAAGCAGGAGCAGGCCGAACUCUCGCUAUGGGGCAUUGUCGCCUCUGCCAUGGGAAGUUCUCCUCACGGAGCCUCCGAGGCAUCUCUGACAGAGUGCCUGGGGAGACCUCAGAGAGACUGUCCCCAGGGGAGCGUGUCUUCAUUAGGGACUUCCAGCGUCUGCUGGGUGUUGCUGUGCACCAGGACCCAGCCCUGCCUCAGUUUGUCUGCAAGAACUGCUACACCCAAUUCUAUCAGUGCCACAACCUUCUCAGGUCCUUCUUACAGAGAAUCAAUGUCUCCCCAGCUGCCCAGCGGAAACCUUGUACAAAGGUUGGUGUUCAGCCCCCCGCAGUGGCAGAGGAGGGAGCAUGUAUGGCUGAUCUGAUCACCUCGAGUCCUCGGUGUCUGCACGGCUUGGUGGGCUGGGUGCAUGAGCAUGCAGUCAGCUGUGGGUCUCUUCCCAGCCUCCAGAGGGCGCUGUCCUCUGAGUACUGCGGCAUCCUCCAGGCUGUGUGGGGCUGCGACCAGGGCCAUGACUUCACCAUGGACACAGACUCCAGCUGCAGAGCUCUCUUUUUGGACAGUGCAUUGGCAGUGAAAUGGGCAUGGUGGGGCAAGGAGAGACCACCGCGGCUGGCCCAGAACUCAGAGUCAAACCCCACUGGAGCUGCCUCUCAGCUCUGCCAGGCCAGAGAAACCCAAGAUGGAUCUGAGACCAAGACACUGCCCAGUGUGGAUGUGGCCCUGCUGCACUCACAUGGAGACUCUGUGGGACCUGGGCUAGGCCCCUGUACAAAGCCAAACUUGGCUCCCAGUGAGGCCCCAGGGCAACUGGGUGAGAAGCAGGUUCCAUCGUCAACCUCGGAUGAUCGGGUAAAAGACGAGUUCAGUGACCUUUCUGAGGGAGACUUCCUGAGUGAAGAUGACAGUGAUAAGAAGCAAACCCCACAGUCCUCGGAUGAGUCCUUUGAGCCUUACCCAGAAAAGAAGGUCUCUGGUAAGAAGAGUGACGGUAAAGAAGCCAAGAGGCCUGAAGAGCCCAAAAUCAGAAAGAAGCCCGGGCCCAAGCCUGGAUGGAAGAAGAAGCUGCGGUGUGAGAGGGAGGAGCUGCCCACCAUCUACAAGUGUCCUUACCAGGGCUGCACCGCCGUAUACCGUGGGGCUGACGGCAUGAAGAAGCACAUUAAGGAACACCACGAGGAGGUCCGAGAAAGGCCCUGCCCACACCCUGGCUGCAACAAGGUAUUCAUGAUCGAUCGAUACCUGCAGCGACACGUGAAACUCAUCCACACAGAGGUACGCAAUUACAUCUGUGACGAAUGUGGGCAGACCUUCAAGCAGCGGAAGCACCUUCUUGUCCACCAGAUGCGCCACUCAGGAGCCAAGCCGCUGCAGUGUGAGGUCUGUGGCUUCCAGUGCAGGCAACGAGCAUCCCUCAAGUACCACAUGACCAAGCACAAAGCAGAGACUGAGCUGGACUUCGCCUGUGACCAGUGCGGCCGGAGGUUUGAAAAGGCCCACAACCUCAACGUGCAUAUGUCCAUGGUACACCCUCUGACCCAGACCCAGGACAAAGCCGGGCCUCUGGAAGCAGAGCCGCCGCCUGGGCCUCUGCGCCUCUCUGGGACCAUGGAGGGUCAGGCUGUGAAGCCCGAGCCUACCUGAGAAGUGCAGGUAGACGGCUGGGCGGCCGCUGGGCGUGGGAGCAGCUUGGACUCAGCAGGGGAUGCGAGGUUAAGGACAGCCUCACCCACGGCCCUCACCCCCCUGCCGGCACAGUUCUGCUUGCUCGUUGGAUCCCGUGCUACAUACAUCCCACCUCACAGAGCCAGCAGCCACGUGGUGGAGGGCACCCCUCUUGAGCCGAGGGUGUGUACUUCAACCUGCUCUGGUACCAGCAGUUUUAUUUUCCUAUGGACACUGAAUAAUAGGCCUGACACAGAUUAUGAAUAAUUAAUUUUUCUUUUCCUAACUAGAGCGAUCAAGGAGAUUUGUAAUCCACUUUCUAGUGUAACAAGAGCUCCACGUUAUGCUUGCAAUAAAUUAUUUACAAAGGUG